CAGAUAUCAGCGAAGUUCAGAGGCCCAAGAGUCAGGCCGUCGAACUCGCUGGGUCCAGACUAUAGCGGAGGGGCGCAGGGAUUGCCACACUCUCAUCAAGCAACGGAGAGAGCCGAAAGAAGGACGUUGAAGAGGAACCUUCGCAACUUGCUGAACCGUUUCGGGCACAGAAGUCGACGCCGUCAGUGAGCACUCGUGGCAUUUCACGAAGUUGACGCUCAAAAUGAAGACUCAGGCGGUGAAGGGUCUUACGGCACUCUGGCUGAUCAAGCAAGUCGCCGCGCAAGCGAAUGCGACGACUGCUUGUUUGUACUUGGACGCUGAUUCGAUUUGCGGACCAGCUUUCGUUGGCUAUCCCGUUCCGAAGACUUCCGGCAUCGACUCGGUGGCAGCCCUCAAUGCUGCGAUUUUGGGUUACACCGGCGAUGGUCUAGCAAAGAAAAUAUCUACUGCACCGCAGAACUUUGCUUGUUCAGGAGACCUCAAUCUGCUUAACGGAGCCGUGCAGCAUAACAGAUAUCAGAUCUCCGUGUGGUGCAGUGGACUGGUAGCACAAACUCUACUUAGCGGAAAGUGUAAACCAACUGCUGCGGCACCUACCGGUAUCGAUCCGACAGUGCUCUGUGCCGAACGAUGCAACAAAGCAUUCAUGACCAUGAACGGUGUGUUCACCAAUACAAGCGUUUGUCAGACGGUGUUACCGGUAAACUUGAAGGAGAGACGAGACGAUUUGUUGGGCGGACUGUUCACGGCUUUCACCUCGUCGAUUCCCAAUUACUGCACAUUCGCAAGCUCGAAAGACCAAAGCACUUGCUUCAAAGGAGUGCCACGGGAGACCAGCAACAACUGUGGUUAUUUCAGCGCCGCCUUGGCGCAACAAGAGUGCCAAGCCAACACGGGAGAUGCCUGUUGCAAGAAUCUUCUGGACGCUCUUGCAACUGGCGCGAGCUUCAUUGACUCGGAUAAAUCCGUGAAUGCCAAGAAGGUUUCAGUCUUGAGUCCGAUUGGCAUCGCUGCCAUCGCGCUGGGUGUGUUACUCUUCAUCGCUGUCAUCGGGUUCGGAUGUUGUAUCUACAAACGCCGUCAGCAUCGUCGACGAAGACUGGACCGUCAAUCCGCGAGCAAUGCAGGUGUCGAGGACGGUUUCCAAACGGAGACUGUACCACCCGUGCCACCACUUCCUAGAAUUGAAACAAACAUGGACAAUGUGAGCUCGCGAGGACGAGCCCAGUGGUCUCCGAACGUCACUGGUCCUCCGAUGGCUUACAACUCGGAUUAUUCUGGCCCCGCCGCACCACCUGGAUUCUUGACCCAAAUGCAACAGACGCAGGCAGUACCUGCGUUCCCAGGUCAUACCAGAAAGUCGCCUAUUGAUCGUAUCGGCGGUGCGCCACGUGCAGCCUGGGAGGAACCGGUAGUGACUCCGCAGAUGACCGUUCCAUUCGUCAAAGCCCCCUCAUCAUCAUCAUCACCACAACCUUCGCCGGCGGACCCGGCGGAGAUGAACCUCUCCCACGAAGAACCCAUGGAGUUCCUGAAUGUCCCCGUCACCGUCGUCCACCCCUACGUCCCCGCCCUCUCUGACGAGCUUCCUCUUCACGCUGGCAGCACUAUCAUGAUGUUGAAGAACUUUGACGACGGAUGGGGUCUAGGCACCAAUGCAGCCACCGGCGAAACCGGUGCAUUCCCUCUCGUCUGCGUGCAACUCCCGGAUGAAGUAGCCAGCAAAAUCCGGACAUCAGCGCUCACACCUCUGCCCUCUCACAAAUUGUCGGUCCUGAUGACGGUGUCCAAACGCGAUUCAAGCCAACUCUGCCUCGCAAAGAUGGACAUGAACCGACUUUCCUCGACAAAGAGGAGCACCACUAGCUCUUCGGGCGUGGGCCAGCGCGUGUCCACUGCCGCCAGCAAGGUCGCCUUCCCUGAACCUGAAGCCUCCACCGAUUUCCAAACCGCAGACGCUGGCUCGUCGGCGGAGAACCCGGAAACCCGUCCGAACAGCCUCCGCGUUAUACCCCCUCCUAGGGUCUUCAACCCACCUCCUUCGGAAAGACUCUCACAGCAACCACCUCCGACGGCAUGAGACCCCUUGCACCAUUCCACCUUCCGUCCAAUUUGUUUUCCGUCUCCAUCCGGCGUAUUCUUAUCCCCGACCCCGAUUUUUCUCCCGCCCCCGAUUUUUGCCGAUCUCGGCGUAUACGAAGUACUCAUAUUCACACCCCUCCUUAUACUUGUAGACAUUCUUUUUUGUACCACUGCGACUGCGUUUGUAGAUAGAUAUCAGAUAGAUAUCACCAUUGCACCACUCGCGGCGUAAUCGCCGGCUGCCAGGGUUUUUUUCACUCACUUGCCACCCAUUCACUUCGUUUAGAGGUAGAUGACUACAUCAUUACUUUUGUACUUCCAAUCAAAAUUGUCCUCGGUGAAACUCUUCAA